AUCCCUAAGGCGCUUGACGAAGAGGCGGAGAGAGGAGCGCGCGAUCAAUCCAUCCACGGCCGCGUUGCGCCAGAUCCUCGCGCGCUGCGCCGAAAACUGGCGGAAACGAUUGGACAGGCAGCGGCGCAGCAAGAGAGGGAGCGCUAGGGCAUCGCCGAAUUCGCGAAUGUGGACGGGUGCGCGGCGCCAGUAGCUGCCGCCAGCGGCGGGCAAGGGCGAGGAGCUGAGAAUCAGGGUAAGGGGAUAUUUCGGAAGAAAAUCGUUUUUUCAUUCAUAUGAUCGACAACUCACGAGCCGAUGAGAAUAGCGACUCAAAGCUGGAGCCGCCAGAGGUGUUUGUCUCGCAAAGUGAGGUCAGCAAAAGGAUUUCCGGGACCAACUUGACGAGCUCAAAACCAUCUAAACGAAGAAGACUUUUAGACGAUAACUACAAGAGAAAUCCCGACGAGACCAACAGGGAGGAGCCAUUGGAGGAACUUGGAGGGGAUGGAUCGGCUGGAAGCAGCCAUGUCCCCUGGGACUCCAGAGCAUUUCCUCCAGUGGUAAGCGAUGCGGAGGAUCAGGCCUUGGGCACUAUGAAGGAGAACGAAUCGACCAUCGCUUCUCCUGGCUCUCCCAAGAGAAAAAGGAGGAAAGUUCUUACUACUGUGGCUGGAAACGAGGAUGUUCCUGCUACCAAGGACGAAGGGGAACCAGUGGACGACGCAAAAAACUCUGAAGAGCUUUCGACUAAGAAAGCUAGCGAAGCAACGGAUGUGGAGGAUGUUAAAGUUUGUGACAUAUGCGGGGAUGCCGGAUAUGAGGACAGGCUCGCCGUGUGCACUAGUUGCAGCGAAGGCGCGGAGCAUACAUACUGUAUGGAGACACCCCUUGUAGAGAUGCCCGUGGGAGAGUGGCUAUGCGAAUCUUGCAAGUGUAAAAGUCGCGAGAAUGGUGUAAAGCCCAACCUUGCCCAAGGUGCCUCAUCAAAGCUGCCACAAGUUGACGCGCUGACGCCUUCAAAACUGAAGUCGGGCGAUGCCGACAGUGAAAAGGCCAUCAAAAGUCCAACUGUGGGAAAAGCUAAGCCUCUCCCACCUCGCAAGCCGGGAAAACUCGGCGUUUUAAAAGGGAAAUCGCCCAUGCCAGCUAUUGCGAAGCCUCCUCUUCCGUUUUUGCGAACCAGCAAAGCACCAUCUGAAAGGGGACCAAAAGCUAGCGAACGGCCAACUCAACUCAUAGCUCAACAACGAGAAAAAACAUCACCAAAACCAGUUGCGGAGUUAGUGAAAUCUAAAGAAGAAAAUAAGUCUUGGCUGGAUACAUCAAGAGCCGCGACAGAUGCAAACAAAAAUGGAGACUCCAAAAUUCUAAAACCAAAAGAUGCCAGGCCUGACACACCAAGACCUACAGUCGGAGUUUCCACUGCAAAAGAUGCCUGGCCUGACACUCCGAGACCUGCGGCCGUGCAUCCCAUUGUGAAAGAUGCUCUGCCUGACGCGCCGAGGCCUGCGGUCUUGCAUCUCAGUGUGAAAGAUGCUCCGCCUGACACUCCGAGACUUGCGGUCGUGCCUCCCAGUGUGAAAGAUGCUCGGCCUGACACACCGAGACCUGCGGUCGUGCAUCCCAGUGUGAAAGAUGCUCGGCCUGACACACCGAGACCUGCGGCCGUGCAUCCCAGUGUGAAAGAUGCUCGGCCUGACACACCGAGGCCUACCGUCGUGCCUACCGUCCCCAACAAUGCCGGAGAGUCGAAAUUUAAAGAAGAGAUUGCGAAACCAGCUCCUUUAGCUGAAAACGCCGUAUCGGAUCCAUGGUCAAGUGACAACACAUCACGAUGCUAUAAAUGCAAGGAAAUCGGUCAUUCAGCUCAAUCUUGCACCGUGAAAGCUUUGUCAAAGGAUCCUUCUCCGAGUAUCGAUGAUACAAAUGCGAGAAUCGGCAGUGCAUCAAAACAGACUACUCCAAGUUUAGAGAAAGCCAACGUUAAGGCGAUCUUGGGACAGAUCAUGCAAUCCACUCCUGAAGUCCCUUCCAUCUCAACGCCCACGGGAACUAAGAUUCUACCGUCACCUUCUAUUCGACCAGAAGCCUCACCAGCUGUGCCUACAGCCAAUGUCUUGUGGAGCGGAAGCUUUGAGGUUUCCGCCAAAGGGAGUGUUUCGUCAUACGACGGUAUACAAGCUCAUCCAUCAGACAAAGCAGCACCCAAGGUUUUGGAAGCGUCGAAAUUAUUAUCGUCUCCGUUAAAACUUCACGAAGUCGAGCGAGCUUCUGCGUGGCCGAAGAAGUUCCUGACCAACCCCCCCAAUGAUCAGGAUAUCGCGUUAUAUUUUUUUCCUGUGGACAACGGAAGUUAUCCAACGCAAUACAACCAACUUUUGGACCGUAUGGUGAAAUCAGAUCUUGUUUUGAAAAGUUUUGUGGAAGGUGCAGAACUGCUGAUAAUUCCUUCACUUCGGCUUGCAGAAGCCUUUAAUCUUUGGCGGAAUAAAAUGUACCUCUGGGGGGUCUUUCAAGGUAGAAAAGCUGUCACCCUGCAAGCCGCCCCAACGACAAUGACGAAGAGUAAUCCAGUGAUUGAGGAACCAAACAAUAAAAAUGCGAAGCCUCAGAAAUCUGAGAUUUCCAGUCAACCGUCGAUCAAGCGACCGAUGGAUGAACUGCCUCCAGGAUUUGAAACUGUUGCAUCGUCAGGCUUAGACAUUGAGAAGCUGCCAUUGCAGGAACCAGCUGCUCAAGCAAAAGAGAACCGAAUAGAGGCGCAACGCUCGGAAAAGAGUGGCUCACCAAGACCGUUGGAGGAGCUUCCCAGUUCCAAGAAAGAGAAACGCGGCCAAUCUCGAUGGGAUAAGGAUAAAAAAGAUCGCGAGCGGGAUCGUGAUAAGGAGACCGAUCGUCACGAUCGUCCUAGAGACCGAGAUAGAGAGCGUGAUGCGAGGGAUCGGAGAGACAAGGGUUACAGGGACAUAGACCGGGACAAAGGCUACAGGGACGUAGACCGGGGACGGGAACGAGAUCGAGACAGAGAACGGGAUAGAGAUCGAGAAAGAGACUGGCGGGAUAGAGACAGAGAGAGGGAGAGGGAUAGAAGAGAAGGACUCAAAAGAAGCAGGUCCGGUAGGCUCGCUCGCUCCCGAUCACGCUCCAGGUCCAGUUCUCCAGCUAGAAGACGCUACAGGUCCCGGUCGAGAUCUCCAGGACGAAGAAAACAUCGCUCGAAGUCAAGCACGGACUCUCUGGAUUCCAGCGAAGCUCAGAGCUCCAAAGCUUCUAAGGCCAAAGGCAGCGAGUCACCGCUGUACCACAACUUUCUCCUGGGCUCGGAGGUGGAUAAAACGCAGGAGCUCUUUCCAGCCAGCCAGGCGUCGGGUCUCAGGGAGCUGGAUCCAUGGAGGGAGAGCCAGGGAGGAGGAGCGGGAGCACUCGACUUGGAGCUGGCUCCCUCGGUGGAGCCUCUCUCGCUCUUCGACAAGCUGGAGACGAGGCAGCGGGAGAAGAAGGCCGGAGCUCCGUUGCCUGGAGGAGGUGAGGAUCAAAGCCCACUCACGCUCUCGCUGGCGGUCCCGCAGUACAGGAAGACUGGAAGUUCGUGGAUCAAAGUGGAGGACGCGGGAGGAUUGGGAGCUGAGGACGUCAACUUUGCUCUGUCGCUGUGAUCAAGCGCUGGGAAGCUCUUCGAGGUAUGACUCUAUUAUCUCUGGCUCGCUCGCUCGCUCGUCUGUACAUUAGAGAACAACAAAAGGUGUAAGACAGGUACAGCGAAACUCCACAAUUUUCCCCUCAGUGACCGACCCGAAACCGGCUUGUACAUAGGAAAGAACACAAAUUCAAUGCUUUUCUCUCAAUCCUUGUAGUGCUGUGAAAAUGAAUCACCAGGUCAAAUAAUAUUAGCUUACAAGGGGAUUAUUACAGAUUAA